CUGGCUGAACAACACUGACGCUCAGCAUGAUAAAUUAAGCGUUGCUGAGUUAUCUGUAAAAAGUUACAAAGAUUAAAACCUUUUGGACCUUUACCGGAGUCUUUCUGGGUUUUUGAUGAAUUCGGUUAAAAGUAAUUGUCCUAAAGUCUUAAUUACGUAACAAAUGUCUUUCCAGCAGGUGAGCUGCGGGUGUUUGAGAGAACGGAGCAGCGAGGCUUAAAUUAGCGGGUUUUUUAAUGGAGUUCCGGGCGGGGCUCAGCGUGGGUUGUAUCGCGGGAUCCUCGUGGUUUGAGGCGAGGACAGAGAGCAGGAGGAGGAGGAGGAGGAGGAGGAAGAGGACAUGGUCUCUGCUGUCAGCACGCGAAGUCAUUUUUAAAAAGGUUUUAGUGCAGUUUGGGAGAAAUGACUGACUGUCCUCCCUGCAGACAUCACACUGAAGACUGCAAACAAUGGAUUUAUUCAAGCAGCAGAAAGUGGAGGAUUUCUAUGAAAUUGGUGAAGAGCUGGGAAGCGGGCAGUUUGCAAUCGUAAAGCAAUGCAGAGAGAAAAGCACGGGUCUGCAGUUCGCCGCCAAGUUCAUCAAGAAGCGGCAGAGCAUGGCGAGCUCUCGCGGAGUCCGGCGGGAGGACAUCGAGCGGGAGGUGGACAUCCUGCAGCAGAUCCAGCAUCCCAACAUCGUCACUCUGCACGACGUCUACGAGAACCGUACCGAUGUGGUGCUCAUCCUGGAGCUUGUCUCUGGAGGGGAGCUCUUUGACUUCCUGGCCCAGAAGGAGUCUCUGAGCGAAGAGGAGGCCACUCAGUUCAUCAAGCAGAUCCUGGAGGGGGUCAACUACCUCCACGCCAGAAAGAUCGCCCACUUUGACCUCAAGCCUGAAAAUAUAAUGCUGUUGGACAAGAACGUUCCGCUGCCGAGAAUCAAACUGAUUGAUUUCGGUCUUGCCCACAAGAUUGAAGCUGGAGUCGAGUUCAAAAACAUCUUCGGAACGCCAGAGUUUGUUGCUCCAGAGAUCGUCAACUACGAGCCGCUGGGACUGGAAGCUGACAUGUGGAGCAUUGGAGUCAUCACCUACAUCCUGCUGAGCGGGGCUUCUCCAUUCCUCGGUGAGACCAAACAGGACACGCUGGAGAACAUCUCAGCCAUAAACUACGAGUUUGACGAGGAGUUCUUCUGCCACACCAGCGAGCUGGCCAAGAAGUUCAUCAGUCAACUGCUGGAAAGAGAUAAGAAGAAAAGAUUAACAAUUCAGGAUGCUCUGAAUCACCCAUGGAUCAAGUCCAAUGAGCACAAGGAGGAGAAUAAAUCCCAUGAGCUGAAGAAACGGGAACGCCGCCAGCUGAAGACCAAGCGUCUGAGGGAAUACACCAUCAAAUCCCACUCCAGCAUGCCGCCAAACAACACCUAUGUGAACUUUGAGCGCUUUGCUCAGGUGGUGGAAGACAUUGACCAGAUGGAGAGCUCCUUCGUCAGCCUGGCAGGGGCCCACGACUCUCUGCAGGAAGACAUCGAUGCCAUGGUCUCCAUAUACAACGAGAAGGAGGCCUGGUACAAGGAGGAGAGUGAGAGCGUUCGCCAUGAGCUCUCCCAGAUCCGCUACGACUUCCGGAAGGUGGAGGCCCUGAAGAGGAGCCUGCAGGAUGACAUGCAGGCAUUCAGCUGCAGCCUUGCUGCCGUCAGCCAGCGCUUCCAGGAGAGGCAGAACCACUUCGACGCUCUGCGCCUGGAGCUCAGCAACGAGCUCAGAUGGGUGCAGGAGGUGGUGGGCUCCUUUCCAGCCGACGGAGGUGGCGGAGGAUAUCCCAGCUGCAGCUUCUCCACCGUCUUCAACAAUGAUGUGAACGAAGCCCUCAAAGAGCUGCUGAACCGAUCCUGUGGAGGAGAUAUGCUGUCCGGGAUCAACCUGGACCUCACCGAGACCGGACAGCAGAGAUGAAGACUCCAGUCCAGGAGACGCUGCAAUGAGAUGAAGCAUCUCACAUCCUCUCUAUUUAUUAGGCAAACGGGGAGUCAGGUGACUGUUUACACACCUCGCGUAAUCAUAAUAACCACAAAAUAAUAAUCACAAAUGUUCAGCUCAGUGAGCUCAAUUUGUUAGGACAAAACGUUUUUAUUUACUCAACAAUGUGGAAAAUACUAAUAAAAAAUGUUGUUUUUAUAUUAGAAAUAAAGAUGGCAGCAGGCACCUGGUUGCUGUUCUCACACC